AUGCCCCUUCGUAACUACGGUGUCUGGAAAGGAACCCCUGUAUCCUACAUCAUUGAAUAUGAAGUAGAUGACAAUGAAAGCCCGCAUUUAUCGCUAUACUUUAGUGAUAAAAGAGGACCGACUCACCACUCUACCCACAAUCUAAACCGUGCCCGCAGAGGUAACAAAGAAAUUCCUGGGCUCCUCAGAGCAGCAAUCAACAUCAAGUCUGGUGACAAGCGUGAAUCGCGACUUACCUACUGGGCGGAUCACAAUUUCAAUAAUCAUCCGAUCACCAACAGUCUCGCCGACCUAUCCUGGGGGUUUUCUUCCCUCGGAGACACGGAGCCAAACCCUGCUGGUGUGAGGCUGGACUACAUCCGGAGUAACUUAUUCAAUAUCACCACCGGUCGAAUCCUACCCCAUGAUGUACCAGAUUCGGACAAUGAUAUAAUUGAUGUUCUAGAGCCUGAAGUCAAACAGGCGAUUGACGAUAAGGCCGAUAUCUAUCUAUUUGGAGAACCAUUCAGCGAUCGAAAGGGAAUUCAUAAUGUGCAUAUGAAUCAAGGCAAUGUCGAACAAUUUGCAGGUGACGACGGUGUGUUCCAAGAUGGUGGCCUUUUUAUCAACUACCCACGCUCUGGUCGAUGGGUUGGGAUCUUUCUCGGAUUCGCAUCACAAGCUAUGCACACCGAUAAUAGGACAGGGCAUGCCAUAUCAUCAGAGACCUGGGGUGACUAUCUAGGGAGAAAAAACAGAGCCGCCGAGCUGACGGAGGACUCUGUGAUAAUUGACGAGGCUUUGAUAAGCCCCGAGUCAAAUGAUCCUAGAGCCAGGCGUAGGUCGGUUACUCUUACAAAUCCGAAAGACCACACGAUCCCCCUGUCUUCCUGGAAAAUCAAAAACUCAGCUGGUGAAUACCAAACACUGCCACGUAAUGCAGCUUUGGAUGCUAGGUCAACGCAAGCGUUCGACAUCCCAGAUGUUCAUCUCUCGAUCCUUGGCGAUACCAUCACACUGUUGAAUGAACAAGGACUGAAAGUGGACGGGGUAAGCUAUACCUCUCAACAGGGAUUUGAGAGGCAAGCAAUUGCUUUUGCUCAUUAA